AUGCGCCAGGCUGCUAUGGACGCCGAUCCAACGAAGACACACCGUUUCAUCCGUAACUUGCAUGAUGCUGGCAAGUUGGUUCGGAACUGCACCCAGAAUAUCGACUGCCUUGAAGAGAAGGCCGGCCUCUCUACCGAUGCACGAAAGGGCCUAAAAAGCGCCGAAUGUCAAAGUGGCCGAGAAAUGGAAACUGUUUUGGAUCCAGAGUCGCCUUGCCCAGCCUGCACUAAGAUAUCCAACGAUAGAAAAGCAAUAGGGAAACGCGCAUCCACAAUUGGGAGGCUUCGACCUGAUAUUGUGCUCUACGAUGAACUGGACCCUCGAGCUGAGUCGAUCUCCGCCGUUGUACGGCAUGACCAGUCGCUUCGCCUGGACGUCUUUCUGAUUAUGGGAACAAGCCUCGCGACACACGAGGUUCGGCGCCUCAUCAGGGAUUUCGCAGAGGUCAUUCAUAAGCGGCGGGUUGGGAAAGUGGUAUUUGUGAACCUUACUAAACCAGCCAAGAGCUGGGACAACGUGAUCGAUUACUGGGUUAAGUGGGACUGCGACGCCUGGGUAGGAGAUUUGAUGGAGCGCCAGCCGGCACUUGACCCCUCUACAGCGACCUUUGGGGUUCCUUUGCACCUCCCGCUGCUGGAGAAUGCGCAGCAUCUUUCACGUGGUGGUGCUGGGACGUCAGCAGACGAUGCUAUCUUGAUCUCGAGCGAUGAUGAGUCUGAUGAUGAUCUUGACGAGGGCCGAUCCGAUACAUAUUUUGAGUCGCUGGACAGGCUCCUACAAAAUGCACGCAACAGGGUGGAAUCCGGCCGUGUUACUGGUACAGGUAUGUGCUUAGAUCUCGCACUUCUCGGCAGGGCAACAUGUUGA